CAUGACGUGGAUCUGCACGCACUUCAGGUGAACACUUUGAGGCGCUAUAAGAAACACUAUCGCAUCCAAACCAGACCCGGCAUUAAUAAAUCACAAUUGGCUGAGACUCUUCAGCGACACUUCAAAUCGAUGCCGAUCUACGAGAAGGAGGCCAUCACUUACUUUAUAUAUAUGGUUAAGUGUAAUAAGAAUAAAUUGGAUCAAAACAAUACGUCCGGUGGCGGCACCGGUGCGGGCGCUGCCAAACAGACAGCGCUGGCCAGCGAUUGAGUUGCCUUCCAUACACCCGCCCCUCACAUCUCCUCACUCCUACUCUUCAUACUUGAGCCGCACAUCCAUUCAGUCGACAAUUCAUUUCUCAUAUCAAUUCUCUCUUCUCUUGACUUGAGUUUCACUUUUCAUUAUUUAAACAUAUUUUUGAUUUUUAAGUGAACUCCAAAUUCAAUCACAUUUAUCCUUAAG